AUGGCUCCCCAGGACCACCCGCCGCAGCAUCAGCAGCAACCAUACACGCCGAGUUCGGCCUCGACAAUCUACGCAUCGCCGGCUUCAGAACACGGACGCCUGCCGCCACCGCCGACAACGAAUGCGACGACACCAAACGGAGCUCUGCACCCAGGCGGGACGCCAUUGUCUUCGUCAACCAUCGCUGCACACUCGUCCUCCCAGUCCUACCCCUACAACGGCAUCGUCAAGACAGAAGACAGCGUCGACGGCAACUCGGCCAGCCCGGACGGACAACUGAACGCCUCCGACGAGCCGCCCAAGAAGAAGCAGAAACGCAACAAACCAACCCUGUCAUGUCACGAGUGCGUCGAGCGCAAAACGAAGUGCGAUCGAGGGAGGCCGCAUUGCUUAGCAUGCAUCAAGCGUCAGACAGAAUGCAAGUAUGCACAUGUCGCGAACCUGCUCGAGGAAACGACACGGUCAGCCACCAAUGGCCGGCGAAUGACUAAACCGCCAAAGAAGAAACCUUCAGACGUCAACACGAUACCCAACAUCGCCGACAGGGGUCUCAUUGAAGGCAGAGGUUUCACUUCCCGCGGUUCCGUUGGUUCCAUCGCCUUCUCGUCAUCAACCGGGCUGCUCUCGAAUGUGCCGUAUUCUCUGCCGACGGCCAGCAACGUCUUUGGCAUCGGCUCCGAGCACCCUUUCGCCAACUACUGGACAUGUGAAGGGGGCUUGCCAGAGGUCAUCUCUGUGCUGCCGGAUAAGAUCCAGGCAGACAUUCUGCUGGCCCAGUAUUUUGAGUGUGUCGACCCGGUUUACCCCAUGAUCCACCGGCAGACAUUCUACGCGGACUAUGAGCACUUUUGGAGUCUGGGCAAUGACGAGAAGAACCGCGUGGAUGCUGCCUUUAUUGGGCUUAUCUUUGUGAUGCUGGCUCUGGGAACGCAGUUCGUGACGUCCACGUCGCCGAGAGAUGGGAAGCAAACGGCCGAGUUUUAUGCGUCGGCCAGCAACCAGGCGUUACGGAUGUUCUCCUAUCUGAGCGCUGCUUCAUUACGGUCCAUCCAGGCCAUGGUGUUAUUGACAUACUUCUUGAUUAACGACAACCAUGCUUCUGACGGGUGGGCAUUCGCAGGCAUACUCAUACGCCAGGCCUACGCAAUGGGUCUGCAUCGUGACCCUAACAUUGUCACUCCCGAAGCUAGCAUCUUUGAGAAACAACAGCGCCGCAAGCUCUGGCAAGCCGUCCUUCUUCAGGACACCUUUCUAACCGUCCUCCUCUCCCUGCCCCCGUCAGCAACCCACACAGACGUCUCCGUCGAAGACCUUCUCGACGACGGUUCGGCCAUUGCCUCCAGCGACCCGACAGACAUCGCCUACAUACGCGGAUCAUGGACGCUGGCCAACCUGGUCCAAGAAACAAUCUGCUCACCUCGCUCUCUCGACAUGCCCAUCUGCACCACCGCCCGCCACAAGUCCAAACUCGUGGCCGAUUUCCGUGCCGUGUACCGGUCGUUCCCCGACGUCUUCCGGUCCUGGGACUCGGACAGUCUCACAUCGUUGGCAAGAACCAAUAAGCGCGUCGUCCGCCAGACGCUGUUCCUCACGAGCAACUACCACCACAACAUCAUGCUCGUACACGCCUCCGAGUCCCCGGACGUUCCCGUAAACGUACGCGGCACGCUCGAAGCCGCGCACGAGGCGAUCAACUCUUUCUUUCUGCUCUUCAACAUUUUCGAACUGGAAGCCCGGGUGUGGUGGGUCUUCAACCACCGCGCCUUCCUCGAGGCGCUGUGCAUCGGCAGCGUGCUCCGGGAGACGGCCAAGGACCCGGCGGCGGUGGAGGCAGCGGAGCGGGACCCGCUGUUCGUAAGGGCCAGGGCCGAUAUAUCGCGCAUGAUUCAAAUCAUGGAGUUGAUGGGCGAGGGGGAUCAAGGGUCCGAAGUUGCUCGGGCGCGGGUCCAGGUGUUGAAGGACCUCCUGUGA